AUGUUCCUCUGGAGCUUAACCAAGUUCAGUGCCCUUCGGUUUCCAGCGAUUUUUGAUUGCCUUGCAACACCGUUGGCUGGAACCUUCCAAAGGACGAAACACCUGUCGGAUGGUGGCCGGACAACUGUAAUACAGCGUUGCCCUCGGAUGAAUGGACUCAUGCGGCUGGCAGAAAGAAAGAAAAAAACGCGACGACGGAGGCUGCCGACGUUGUAAUCGGAGGCCGAUGUUUUCAGGGAAGCGACGCCCCCACAGGCUCCUCCUGCGCCUCAGUUCUGGUGGCUCAGUCGCACCAGUUGCUCUCCACCCGAAGACACCAUGGUGAGUCUAACUUUUCUCUUUUAUUUAGCCUUUUUAUAUUCGUUUCAAUUUGAACGUUCCCUCAGCAAAGUUGAGCCUUUACCGAACAUAGUAUACCCAGAAUUUUGCAGUUUUCUUUCUUUUUUUAAAAGGUCUCCUUUGAAGUUUAAAAAGAAGAAGUGUUAGGUUAAUUUUCUGAACGCUAAAAAGUCAUAGUAUUCAAUUUCCAAGAGCGCUUUUGUCGUUAUCUCCGGAUCAAAAAGAUCUGCAAGGAAGUUUUUUUUUCCAGUUUAUCCCACUGAUAAGGUCUUCCUUUAAAUAGUUUUGUCAAGAUUUUUCCUUAAUACUUCGGAAUUAGAAAAAGAGUAGGUUCUUGCUUUCGAGCAUUGUUAUGUAGGAAGAAGGAAGCGGACAGAGGCGGCUGCGGCGUUUAGUUUAAAGCCCUUCCACAUCCGACUUUUGUGUAACUCAGCGAGAUUCCAGGCCGAAGACAUCGAAGAGAUCCUCGCCGAAAUCGAUGGCUCGCAGAUCGAAGGUUCGUAUCGAACUCGAAAGGGCAUGCCUAUGUUCCUUUUCAGAAUACCAAAAGUUCUUCGACGCGUUCGACCGCGGAAAGCAGGGAUACAUCAUGGCGACGCAGAUCGGCCAGAUUAUGCACUCCAUGGAGCAGGACUUCGACGAGAAGGUGAUUUCGAAGAUUCAUCAUCAUCAUAGAUAAGAAAUGAUACAAUUUGAACUGACAGUAAAGAAGAAAGUCAAAAAUUUGGGAGCUGGGUGGGAAAAUUAGAUCGUCAAAAAUCAAAAGUUAAAAGUUCUUACUAUAUGAAUGUAAUUCUUUUUUGAAAUCAAUGAAAGUGUACUUCCGAAUUUUAGAGUGGUCCUUAAAGCGGUUAGGGGCAAAAGUAGCCCCUAUAGGAGCCAGAAAAAAGUGGUCUCUAUAGGGGUAAAAUAAAGAUGGUCUCUAUAGGGGCUUAGGGUCUGACCUUUAGCCUCAAAAGCUUAAGUGAUCCCUAUAGGGGUUUUUCAAUUUUAUUCGAAAAACGCUUAUUUAUUUAGUUUUUUGCAUGGAAAUGCUUCUUCGCACAGAAUCCAUAAAAACUAGCUUGCCCCUAUAGUGACCACUUCUGCAAAUAUUAGUGACCGCUAUAGGGGUUGGGAAAGCUGUCCCUAGAGAAGAAUCUCGAAUUGCUCCUUUAGGGACCACUCUGAAGUUCCGAAGAUACGAAUCGCUUUGCUUUUUAAGUAAAUUACUCGUAUCAAAGUAUCAAUUGGACUUGAAGAAUUUCAAAACGUAUUUUUGAUCGUUUGAAGCAAUGAAAAGUACAAUCAGCUUUCUUUUGAGCUGCUGAGACUUGGCCCCUCCUUCAUUCUGUGAUUUCAGACCCUCCGCAAGCUGAUCCGGAAAUUCGACGCCGAUGGUUCGGGGAAGCUCGAGUUUGACGAAUUCUGCGCCCUCGUCUACACAGUCGCCAACACUGUCGACAAGGAAACGCUGGAGAAAGAACUCCGAGAAGCUUUCCGGCUUUUCGACAAGGAGGUCCUCCACUCAUCACCAUAUCGUACUGAACUCUCUGGCUUCAGGGCAACGGAUACAUCGCCCGGCCGACGCUCAAGGCGCUGCUCAAGGAAAUCGCCGACGACCUCACCGACCAACAGCUUGAGGAGGCCGUCGACGAGAUCGACGAGGACGGCUCCGGCAAGAUCGAGUUCGAAGGUUUGUCUGAUCAUCCGGUCCUUCUCGCCAACCAAUCUGUUUCAGAAUUCUGGGAACUCAUGGCCGGCGAGUCCGACUAA